AUGACUCGUGGAACUGCCAAGAUCCUGAAGGCCCAGCUUGAAUUGGCAACCCGGGACCAUACCGCUGCAGUGGGCGAUGUCUUUCAGUCACCGCAGUUUCUGGUCAUGGAGCUGGCCGUGCCAGGUGGAAAGCACAUCUUGCAGAGGAAAGCGAUACCUAUGCUGCUUGAGGAUGUUCAUUGCUCAAGACGGGGCAGGCCAUGCAUUGUAAUGGGCUGCCAUGGGUGGAUUCCAACAGCAGGAGAACAAACGGCGGUGGAGAAGUCCAUCAAAGUGUCAACCGGCCUCAACCCAAAGGUCAAUCUCGUGAGUGCCGACAAACUCAUGAUGGAAAUUCCAAGCUGCACAAGGAUGUUCGAUAGAGAAGCAGCAUCGGUGCCCUGA